CCCCGCCCGCUCACCUGAGUGCACUGCCCCUGAGAGCCGGUCCGGCCCAGCACCUUGGUGACCCUGGCCAGCUUGAUGGGCUGCACGCGGCUCGUGUCCAUGGCGGCUCCGGGGCGCGGAAAGGGGCGGCUAACCCCCGCGUCCCCUUAUAUAGCCCCGAGUCUCGCGAGACCCAGCGUUCCGCGCGCGCGCUCCCGGCGCCCCCCGCGCCCCUGCCCUUCACCGCGGCCAAGAUGGCGACGGCGACUCGUCUGAUCCAGCGGCUCCGCAACUUCCUGGCGGGGCGGGACCUCCAGGCGAAGCUGCAGCUGCGCUACGAGGAGAUCGCUAAGAGGACCCAGCCGCCGCCGCGGCUCCCGGUGGGCCCCAGCCACAAGCUCGCCGAUAACUAUUACUGCAGCCGCGACGGGCGCCGGGAGUCGCUGCCGCCCGUGGUGGUGGCGACGGCGCAGAGAACCCUGCCCGCGGGGGCACAGGCCCGCAGUUCAGAUGCUGCAGUGACAACAACAGGGAAGAAACCAGUGACACCAGGACCACCACUGAGGAAGUGGGAAAUUUCCAGGGACGAGCCGUACUUGUGAGCAGGGAGUGAGCUGAAGCUGCAUGAUGGGCACAGGUGGUUCCAGAGCAGCUCUGAUGGGGAGGCUGUGCUGGAUGUGGCUCUAAGCUGCUGGAGGGUGCUGAUGUCUGAUUAAUAAAUGUAUAUAAAGCUGUGAUUAUUA